AUGCCUCGAAGAAGAAGAUCAGACUCAGAUGAAGACUCCGAGUCCAACCCAGCGCGUCGGCGCCGACAAGACUCCUACGGCUCCGACAGCGACGGACCCAGCGCCCCAACAAGCACCGACGCAAUGGUCAAAAAAAUGGUCCGACUAGCACUCGCAAGCGAAUACUCCCGCCUCCCAAUCCGACGACCAGACAUCAGCGCCAAAGUACUCGGCGAGCAAGGCAGCGGUUCAUUCAAGACAGUCUUCGAGCAAGCGCAAUGCGAGCUGCGCUCGAAAUUCGGCAUGGAGAUGACCGAGUUACCAGCGCGAGAAAAGGCAACCGUUGCACAGAGACGCGCUGCGCAAAAAACCGAGAAAGCCUCGACGACAAAGUCUUGGAUCGUGACAUCGACGCUACCGCACGAAUACCGCAGCGCUGAGAUCCUGGUCCCGACAAAGACGCCGUCGCUGUUUGUUGAGAGUACCUAUACGGGGAUCUAUACGUUUAUCAUUGCUUUGAUUACGUUAAACAACGGCUCGCUCGCGGAGCAGAAACUUGAUCGGUAUCUUGCGCGCACGAACGCGGAUGUCUCGACACCCCUCGAUCGCACGGAUAAGCUUUUGCAGCGGUUAUGCAAGGAGGGGUAUCUUGUUAAGACGCGGGAGGUGGAUGGCGGCGAGGAGAUUAUAGAGUACAUGCUUGGGCCGCGGGGUAAGGUUGAAGUUGGGACUGGUGCUGUUGCUGGGAUGGUGCGUACUGUCUACGGCAAGGAGGCGGGCCCUACUGCGGACAUGUCUGCUUUUGAGAGGGAUGAGCUUGCGGACUUUGAGGGGAGGCUUGCGAGGAGUUUGGGUACUAAGCCUAGGGAGAUUGAGGAGCCGGCGAGUCAGGCUAAUGGUCAUGUAAAUGAGGAAGAGGCUCCGGCGGCUCGAGUGACUCCGGUUCCGCAGUCGGCGAGGAGGCGGGCUCCUAGGCGUCCUAGUACUCAUGCUGAUGAGGAGGAAGAACAAGAAGAAGAGGAUGAGGAGUCUGAUGGAUCUGAGGCGUACGAUGACAGCGAGUGA